UUGGACAGGCGGGUUGGCUCACUCUAGGCAUGAGCAAUCGAUAGCGGUUGUCUGUGACGUCAGGCAGCGGGCCUUUUGAAAAGACGGCGGAGAGCCGAUGCGAAGAGAAGGCGCGAGGCGACCGCGGUGGUCAGGAUGUCGCUGCUGGGAGGAGCGGGGGAUGUCGCUGCCUGCCUCGGGGAAGAAGCGGCGGCGGCGGCGGCCUGCAACGGUUCGUCCGAAGAAGUGCCUGCAGAAGCGGCGCCUGCCCACGGUCUCGUGAGCGAUGAAGGGGCGACUCCAGACGUGCUCACCCUCUUCCGAGUAAGGGAACAAAUAAAACAACAUUUGAUGGAAUAUAAUACAGCAAUUACUGCAAGUGAAGAAAGCAUUCCAGAUCAAGUUAUAGAUGAAAAGGUAGUUGAGAGUUCUAUUGAAGAUUUGGAACGAGAAAUGGAGGAGGUGAAGGUUUCAUACCAAAACAAAACAUUAGCAUUGCAAAGGAUCCAAGUAACUGAAGCGCUCAGAGCCAAAUUGAGGAAUGAUGAUGAGGACUCCAAGUUGAUCUGGGAUACCAUAAAGCACAUCAUUCUUCUGAGCACUGCUGUACUUAAAUCUCAGCAGAAAUCUCGUGAAUUAGAAGAAAAACUGAAUGAGGUUAAGCAGAAAAGACUAGAACUAAAGAGAGCGGGGGAAUGCAAACUGGCUCAAAUCCAUGAAACAAAGAGAAAACAGAAAGAGGAAUUAGAAAACAUGGAAGUGGGAGAAACUCUUACAAAAGCUCGUAGAAAUCUGCAACAAGAAAUUAAGAUGACUACACUGAUUCAAAAUAUAUUUCAGAAUCUCAUCACUGGAAGUGGAGUCAAUUGGGCAGAGGACCCAGAUUUGAAGGCAGUUGUUUUGCAGCUGGAGAAAAAUGUGGCUGGACUCUGAAGAAUCAGCACUACCAAUACUGCAUUUUGUGUACUCUCUGUACUGGCAAUCUGACAAAUGGGCUCUAACAAAUUAGAUGUUCUGAAGCAGGUGUUUGUGCAAGGACACUCUGUAGUGAUGAGUACUUCAGGACUUCAAAAAGGAAAUUAUUUUUGCUGUAAUGUGUAGUUCAAUUUCAGCUGGAUAGAUUUGUGACCACUGUGUCUACAGGGAGUUUAAAAUGGAAAUAGAAGAACAGAGAAUAUUGUGAUUCCAGCCUCAUCUUCAUCUCUCCUGCUUUUCUGCCUGCUAGAAAUAAAGCUACUGCCUAUUUACUGGAACAAUACUCUAGAUGGGUUUUGUCUUCGCCUUCUGCCAGAAAGGCAGGGUUUCACAGAAGUGGGACAUUGCGGUGGCUGUUCUGGCAAUUUGAAUUUUACUGUCAUUAUUCAUGAACACAUUUUAAGCAAAAUGUAUUUCAAACUAGCAGUAUAAGAAUUAGUUCAGCAUUUUGAUAAAAGUUUAAAAUCAGUCUAACUUCAAAACUCAGAGAAGUAUGCCUUUGUAUUCUACGUUAGACUUCUAUUGUUAUUCAUCUUUGUAUUGUGUAUAGGAGAAAAAAGUGAAUUUAUCAGCAUGUGCUUAGGUUGUUGAGCUAUGUUAAUGAUGGUGGGGUAAUUAACAUGCUUGGUACUCGAAAUAAAAUCCUUUUAAGUGUCAUGGAAA